AUGAGUGCGGCUGCGAGUCGAAACCCUGCGAUUGCCGACGUGGCGCAUCUGGAGUGUGUGGGACUCCUUGCCAAACCCGUGUUCUCUCGCAGUAACAUUCAGCGUUGGGAUGUGGUCACCGCUUUUAAUGCUGAAAUUGCUUGUCAAUUUGCCAAUUUUGCACUUGAUUUGAUUCAACUGGAUUUCAAGCCCGCCUCCGUCGACUUCAACAACAACCGCCUCCUCCGUCCCAUCAUCAUCUCCUUCCUCGGUGGCAUUGGUUAUGGCGAUGUCAUCUCUACUGCCCAAAGUGCCUUUAAGCGUCAGUACGCAGCCGUGACCUCCGCAUUGGUUGUUGAGGCCACAGUGGAGCAUGCAAAACUCAUAUCGCCCUUUCAAAUUUCAUUUGAUAACCGAAAGAUAUUAGUUGCAUCAAUUUGA